AUGAAUAUGGACGUGAGACCUUCAAGGGGCUUAUCAGCUCAGCUAAUUGCCCCCUCGUUCUUUGCGGGAAUGCUAAUACCCGAGGUCAAGGACGUUGGAAUCACUAGGCCCUUUUUUCUAGGUCAAGGACGUUCCGUCUUUAGCGCCAAGGCCGUUGGAAUCCUUGGGCCCGUUUUUCUAGGUCAAGGACGUUUCGCCUUUAGCGGCAAGGCCGUUGGAAAUCGCGGAGCUCGUUUUCUAGGUCAAGGACGUUCCGUCUUUAGCGCCAAGGCCGUUGGAAUCACUGGGCCCGUUUAUCUAGGUCAAGGACGUUUCUCCUUUAGCAGCAAGGCCGUUGGAAAUCGCGGAUCUCGUUUUCUAGGUCAAGGACGUUCCGUCUUUAGCGCCAAGGCCGUUGGAAUCACUGGGCCCGUUUAUCUAGGUCAAGGACGUUUCGCCUUUAGCAGCAAGGCCGUUGGAAAUCGCGGAUCUCGUUUUCUAGGUCAAGGACGUUCCGUCUUUAGCGCCAAGGCCGUUGGAAUCACUGGGCCCGUUUAUCUAGGUCAAGGACGUUUCGCCUUUAGCAGCAAGGCCGUUGGAAAUCGCGGAUCUCGUUUUCUAGGUCAAGGACGUUCCGUCUUUAGCGCCAAGGCCGUUGGAAUCACUGGGCCCGUUUAUCUAGGUCAAGGACGUUUCGCCUUUAGCAGCAAGGCCGUUGGAAAUCGCGGAUCUCGUUUUCUAGGUCAAGGACGUUCCGUCUUGAGCGCCAAGGCCGUUGGAAUCACUGGGCCCGUUUAUCUAGGUCAAGGACGUUUCGCCUUUAGCAGCAAGGCCGUUGGAAAUCGCGGAUCUCGUUUUCUAGGUCAAGGACGUUCCGUCUUUAGCGCCAAGGCUGUUGGAAUCACUGGCCCCGUUUUUCUAGGUCAAGGAUGUUUCGCCUUUAGCGGCAAGGUCGUUGGAAAUAGCGGAGCUCGUUUUCUAGGUCAAGGACGUUCCGUCUUCAGCGCCAAGGCCGUUGGAAUCACUGGGCCUGUUUAUCUAGGUCAAGGACGUUUCGCCUUUAGCGGCAAGGCCGUUGGAAAUCGCGGAUCUCGUUUUCUAGGUCAAGGACGUUCCGUCUUCAGCGCCAAGGCCGUCAAGGACGUUUCGCCUUUAGCGGCAAGGCCGUUGGAAAUCGCGGAGUUCGUUUUUCAAGGGCAAGGACGAAAGGAAGAAAUGGAGGUGCUUUUUAUGGUCCACGGUCUCUACUUUUGGGAGUUCUACAAGGAUUCCUGUCCUUAG